UUUCCUCUUGCAUGCAUUUUAUCCCUGCCAUUACUUUCUUGCUUUGGUUUUUACAUUUCUAGCUACCUUUUCCGGUCAAUUAGGGUUCCUAAACGUGUGUCAAUUUCUUAAAAUUAAAUUACUGAGAGGUAUUCGAGGCGAAAGCUAUUUGGAGGAAUCAAGUUAUUUAGUCUUUGUGGUAAAAUUUGGAUAUACUCAGGAUGUAUGACCUGGACCACUUAUUUUGUUUACAAUUCUGUUAUCUGGAUUUCUAGAAGCUUGCUUUCCGGAAAACUUCAUCAGAGCAGUGGUUGUUUGUAAUCCUACAAUAAGUCCAAAUUAAGUUCCUCACUUCACGAACCAGUGAAAGAUCAGAACAUCAAUAUCAGGUGAUAAUUAAAGCUAAAAUAUUGGAGGACUUUUGGAGAGCCAGCACGUGUGGCAUGGACAAAAGUGUAGGUAAGUCGUUGGUAAUCAACUCAUCCGUUAGUACAUCUACACCGACACAUGAUGGUUAUGCGACUGCAAAUCCAAACAACCCUGCUGAAUAUGUAAAUCAUGGACUACACCUCUGGAACCAAAUCAGACAGCAGUGGAUAGGACACAAGAAAGCUGUCAACCAACCGCAUCAGCUUUGUGAACCUAUACUAAAUUGGAAUGCUACGUACGAUAGUUUGUUUGGGAGCAACAAGCCAUUGCCCGAGCCUACCCCGCUUGCUGAAAUGGUAGAUUUCCUUAUGGAUUUCUGGGAGCUAGAAGGACUGUACGAUUGACAUAUUGUUGGCAACGACUAUUUUGUUGAUGAAUGAUGACCGAUGUAAAUUUGAUUUGCUUAGUGUCUAGGGAGUACAAGUUUACUGAUUGAGUUUCUGUAUUGAAAUGUAAUCUAACUCCAGGCAAACUCGGAGCAUUUUUUUACCGCAACCUAAUUUAACGUGUGGCUUAAUUUUAAGGAA